CUGAAUGCGACCAGCGAAAAGGGUGACGUUGGUUGGCGCUCAGCUGGAGACACUGCGGACGCAUGGUCGUCGAGGCGAGCAUCGGGUGCAUCGACGCGGCACGCCAGCUCCCCAGCGCGGGGCAGGGCCAGAGCACUGCAACGGCGCACUGCACGACGUCACCCCCCUUGGUGCCAAACCAAGACUGCAAGUCAGCUCUGGUGAGCAGCGCAUCAGCUGUGGCCUGCAGCGUGUGCAGCAUCGGAGGCAGCGGGAUGGAACAUAGCGGGGGAGGCAGUGACGUAAGUUGUACCAAGGCGAAGAGUGCGAAUGGGAUGAUGAUGUUUCAUAGACACUAUGGCAAUCGCAAUGGCCCUCCGCCCCUGAAACCAGACGAGCUUUCACCAGCUAGGAACACAGUGGUGAGUGUUGCACGGGACCCUGGCUAUGUCGUUGCUGGCCAAACGCGCUUCCCAGACGAUAUCUCCGACUUCGGGUGUCCGCAUCAUCCCAGUAGUGUCGGGUGCACGAAGUUUCCAUGCUAGCUCUUU